GUCACAGCUUCCACUAAAGAUUCCCAUUUCAACCGGAAGAUAUAUGCUGUCGACCAAUCAAAGGAUUUGCGGGGCUACGUAUUGCCCUCUGAACUCUGGUAGCCACAAACCAAGAUGGCCGAGGUGGAUUUUGGAGACAGCGAGCUGUUUGAGCAACUCGACGAUGAAAGGCCUAUCGCAACCCACAUAAGGUUUGAGAGCGAUGAAGACGAUCCAGAAGACACUCAAGAACUUCGAGAGAGGCUAGAGGAGUGUGAAGAGACGAUAAGCCGCCUAAACGCGGAGAAUGAAGAACUGAGGAGGAAAUUAAAAACCCUGACUCGACCAAGUGGUUUAAAAGUGGACAAUACAAGAAGUGAUGGGCCGCUACUUCAUAUCUUGUAUGGGAACAACAAUAUUUCCAAGGAGUGUCGCCAGGAGAUUGAAGACAGCAUCUGCAGUCUUAUUCAGAAACACCAGCAGCAGAAGAAUGCUGGCCAGCCAGCCCCCUGUUAUGUACCUCCUCAGACAUCAAGUUUUUUCCUGGAGGAUGAACCACAGGAUAAAUCACCUGACACUAUCAAAAAAAUUAAGGAAGCCUUCAGUGUGGUUGGGAGUGUGCUGUAUUUUACAAGCUUCUGUCUGGACAAGCUUGGACAACCUCUUCUUAAUGAAAACCCUCAGUUAACGGAUGGAUGGGAGGUGCCAACAUAUCCACAAGUUUUUAGCAACGUGAUUACACUAGCAGGACAGGAAGUACAAGUCAAGGAGAAAAGGCCUAAGCCUUGCUGUUUUAACUGUGGAGGAGAGGACCAUCAGCUACGAGACUGUCCAAAGCCCAAAGAUAUGGCCCGCAUCAAUGAGAAGAGGAAAGAAUUCUCUCAGGGCAACAACAACAAUCUGAGCAGUCAACGUUAUCAUGUUGAAGAGUUGGAGGAGCGUUUUGCCAAAUACAAACCAGGUGUAGUCAGCAAAGAGCUGUUGGAUUCCCUUGGAGUGUCCGUGAACAAGGUACCACCGUUCAUCUAUCGCAUGAGGGAGUUGGGUUACCCGCCCGGCUGGCUUAAGGAAGCAGAGGAGGAGAAUUCUGGACUCCAGCUCUAUGAUGGCAAUGCUAGUGGAGAAGUUAUGGAGGAAGAAAAUGGCCACAGCCAGAAAGUCUCGUAUGAUCUCUCCAAGCUGGUUGAUUUCCCAGGCUUCAAUGUGGGCCUGCCAGCGCAUGUGAAGGAUGAACACAGGGCAUACGGCUCCAUCCCAAUGCAGUAUCAGCACAUGAAACAAAAUUUUGCAGCUUAUCUGUCCACCAAUUAUCCAACGUCUGGAUCCCCAAAUGGUAAGAGGCGGCAUGAGUCCGAAUCUACUCCACGACAGUCAAAGAAACAGCGAUCCGGUGAUGCCUCCCGGCAUUCAGAUAUGGACCUCGAAUCAGACCAGGGUUCACCUCGCCCUCCUUGGACACCCAGUGGAUUCCAGUUCCAGCCACCACUGCCUCCCAACUCGCCCUCUUUCAGUAGCCCGCCACCAUUGCCCCCUGGCACGCCCCCGGUCACCCCCACACCGCCACCCCUGCCCAAAGGCACUCCGCCUGCUAACGGCUCCCCCGCUCUGGAGAGGGAGGAGUCUGAGGACGGCCUGACUCUGGAGGAAUUAGAGGAGCAGCAGCGUCUCCUCUGGGCCGCCCUGGAGAAGGCGGACACGGCCACCAACAGUGACUCUGAGACAGCCGCCACAGGCACCCCUGUUCCCAGCUCACCCAGCGUCUCCACCCCAGCCAGGCCAGACGCUGAGAUGGAAGAGGAGACUUCUAGCCGGAACGAUGAAGACACCCCGGCUUCCCCUGAGAAAGCUCCAAUCGAUACCCCGGCUUCCCCUGAGACCGCUCCAAUCGAUACCCCUGCAUCCCCUGAGGAAGUUCAAAUCGCCACCCCUGUCUCUCCUGAGGAAGCUGGUAUGGUAAAGAAACCCAAUGCUCAACAGGUCGCUGUUGUUGAUAAAGUUGUGGCCGAUGUUGAAAUGGUGGAUGAGUGUGGUAAUGGUGGAGAUGGAGUACCGCAGGAAGAAGAGCAAUCUACCCCUCAGUCGCCCACUGAUGAAGCCGUAGAGGAGCCAGAGGUUAAGAAGGUGGUGGCUGUGCCACACCGGAGCAAGUUCGCCACUGGGAUCGUUCCCUUUGAGGAAACGCCGGAGUAUACGGAUGUCGCUGAAGCUACCGGGACUUACCUGAAGAUAAGGGACUUGCUUAAAUGCUCUCCUCGCAAUCAGGCAAAGAACAAGAAGUGAACUGGCAGAUUUUGUUUGGCCCUAACAAGUGAAAUCAACUUGAAUUUGAGAGUCUGUCCAUUUUCAGUUGAACUUGACAUCUCCAAACUCGAAUAAUGUGGCAGGAAUUUUGCGCUGUUAGAAACUUUUUUUUUAAUUCAUUUUUGAAUUAAUUGUGGGGUUUUUUUUAGCACACAGGGACCAGCGAGUCAAUGUUUGAAGUUCACAGCAGGGCAUUGUGAUCCUUACUUUAACUCCUCAUGUUUAAACAGUCUGUAGUUCAUUUUAUGCCGCCCUCGGACAUCCACAACUUUUAUUCAGCACACGGAUCAACUGAGUUAGCCUCUUUCUUGGCUAAAAUGUCAGGUUUUCAACGUCCUGUACAUCUGGCGAGUACUCCAGGUGUUUUACGAAGCCUACAUUUUUUUUUUUUUUUUUUUUUUUUUUUUUUUUUUGAUUAUCUUUCUUUCUCCCCAUCACCACUAAAUGUCUAAUAGGUGACUACACAUAGGAGUGGAAAAGCUUCUGUUCCUUGUUUUUAGUGUUUUAAAUUUUAUACUUUGUCUUUUUCAUACCUUUUGGAGUGAUUUCAAGUGGUGUCAUCGGAAACAGCUGUACAUAUUGAUGCUGAACAGUGGAAAAGAGGUGGAAAGUUGUGUUCCAUUUGGGAAAUGUAUGUAAAAUCAUAACCAUGUAAGAUAUUUUUAAUUGGUUCUUUAAAUUAUUCCCUUUUACAGGUUUUAUGAUCUUCCACAAAUAGGCAAUGAACACAUAAAAUGCGGCUUUGGUAUUUUGUUUCUGUA